AAUACUAUGUUUAAUUUACUAUGUUUAAGAAAGUGGUUUUGAUCAUAAUGUUUAUAUUGUGUUAAAUUUUUCGACUAAUUGUAAGCGGGUGAAGGAAUUAACUUCCCAACGCACGAAACCAUCGUGUGCUGACACCUGGUGGAGACUCUUUCAUAUUUUAUUUUAUCAAGACAAAACAAGACAAUAAGAACAAUGUUCAUGCUUUAAAAUCUAUAAACAUAUUCGCUAUAAUUAAAAAUGCAAGAAUUAUUUAAGAGGCAAACUAAACCCAGGUCCAGCUAUUUAACAAUAUGAACUAAUUACAGAUAUAAACUACAUAUAAUAAAAUUAGUUUAAAUUAAUUACCAUUAAUAUUGCUCCCACACACUUUACUCAUAAUAAUUAUAAAUGGCGCUAUGGCGCUACGGGGCAUAACUUAAUGUUUAUUAAUAACUGUCGACGAUUUAAAUGAAAUCAAAUGUACGAAAAUAAUAUUUUAAGUUUCAUGAAGUGCUUAUUCCCGCUAACCGUCAGUAACAGACGAAGUAGAAAAACCAAGCUGUAAAUAUCACGCUUGACAAUCUCGCGAGCACGCGCGCGCCGAGAACGCGCGAGCCUAAACAAACAGCAGGUGUUUAGAAUGACACGGCUGGACGUGUUUAAAACCACCACUGCUGUGGGAAUAUUGGCGUUUGACUGCAAAUACCGCAUUCCAACCUAACAAAAAACAUUAAAGCUACUUUUCCGACAAUGACCCUAAGCCUGAGUUUGAAGCCGCUGCUCAUCGCGCUUCUACUCGGCUCCACGCUGCGCAGUGCUGAAGGAGUCUGCAGCGUGGAGCACUGCACAGACCGCAGCUCGUGCGUCCUGUCCGAGGACCGGAGAGGCUGCACGUGCGUCGGUGGCUACUACACGGACCGCUGUGACAGAAAUGCACAUAUUAAAGUUGUGUGUGGCAGAGACUUCAUAUCAAUCAGAGCGGCUGAAGAUUUCUUCAAGUACCACAACAUUCCGCUGGAGUCUUUGCAUCUGCCCAACAAAUCCUGUCGCCCUCACAGAGAAGUCAUCGAUGGUGUGCCCUACUACAUGUCCAGACUGUCCAAAGACAAAUAUCGGCGUUGUGGAGGCAAGCUGCUGGUGAAAAACUACACCCAUGUCACGUACACCGUGACUCUACUAUCUGAGCCUCAGCUUACUGGAAACAUCAUCAGAGAUCCAGUCAUCAAAAUUGACUACACAUGUCACUAUCCAUACAUCAGAAGAGUGAGUCUUCCUUUCGCCAUCAUCCCUUUGUCCGGUGAGGCAGUGAUACAUGCAGAUGAGCAUGAUGUCACAAUACAGAUGAUGUUGUAUACAGACCAGACUUAUUCCACAGCCUUCAGUAGUGCCCCCACCAUUGAACUUGGUGACAAGGUGUUUGUGGAGGUGACUGUAAGAGAUCAUCCAGAUGAUUUCCUGCUUCGGGUUAAUGAGUGUUGGGCCACACAGUCUCACCAGCCUAACAGUACAGAGGGAUCGGCUCAACACCUGCUUCUCAAUGGGUGCAAGACCGAUCCCACUAUUUUCUUCCUUAAUGUGAGUGAGGGUCAGUCCGGGCGUAAUGGGGAGAGCUCCACCGUUCGCUACGGCUUCGACAUGUUUCGUUUUACAGCUGAACCACACAGACUCUAUCUGCACUGCACAGUACAGCUGUGUGACCAAAACGAGGUCUCGUCCUGCACACCUAACUGUAAUUCAAUUAGUAAGAGAGAAGCAGUGAGACCAGACCCCAACCACGGCCUCCUGUCUUAUGGACCCAUCACUGUUGAAAUUCCAGACAGACCUCACUCCAACGUGCUGUUGACUGUGGUGCUGAUCGUGGCAGGGAUCUGGUCUGUGGGCGUCUUCCUCAUCAUCCUCACCACUGUGGCCCGCAGGCAGCAAGAGGCCUUCACAAGUUGAGCACUGACAACACUGCCGCUGUUAGCAGCUCAAAUAAAUGUAUGAAAAGUC